UGGUGUCAGUCGAACCAUUCGUCUGGAAGGAUCUGCAGAAAACCAUUUCCAUGACGAAAUUACUGAAAUGUGAGUCGCGAUGUAAGCAAGAUUCUACAGAACCAUUUUAUAUACAGUCUGUAGGAGAGAUCGAGCAGGUAUAUUUUGAGAAUACCACUCGUCAUACCAUGGCUAGCACUGUCUACAAUGUACAUCUAUAUCCGUCUGUGUAUCUGAAAAAUUUCCUACCGAUCGAUAUUAUCAUCUGUUUGCCUGGCACAGUUCAGGAAAACUUGCUCGAAGCAAGUGCCUCUAUGCAACUUCCUACGAUUGAUCCAGUCAAGUCAAGCAUAAUAAUUAAGCUACCCAAUUAUCUGGAGAAGGAUUGGUCAUGUGUAGGCGAAAUCAUGGCGGACCCACCAGAGUUUGCGGUUUGGUCAUUUGAGUCUUUCGACAGCGCGCAGAAAGUGAUUCUAGAUCUUGGAAUGCACACGUCUUACAAACAUGGUUCGAUCGUCAUGGCGCUGUAUUGUCCCUUCUGGAUGCUGAACAAGACUGGUUUAAUGCUGUCCUACAGAAAAUCAAGUAAGGUUGGCAAAGAGCACUCGAGUCCGAUGAAGAAAAUCGUUUCUGCUAUGAAACCCCAUCGGCAACACGCACAGUACAGGAAGAGGAAAACUCGCGCGACAGCAGAUGAUUUCUUGAAUGUCUUGUGCCAUCCGGAGCAUUUCAAGGGACCUAUUCUAUUUUCAUUCCGCUCCAAAGCUUUCUUUGGUAAGAAGAAAGCCAUGAUCAGAGUGGAAGACGGAGAGUGGUCCGACAAAUUCUCCAUCGAUGUCGCGGGCAGCGAGGGUGUGGUGGCCUGUAAAUACAAUGGAAUGAUAUAUCAGAUCGGGGUACACAAUCAGCUGACAUACAACUCAUUGACCAAGCAGAUCACGUUUACGCCGUACUACAUACUUAUCAAUAACGCAGAUUUUCUUAUAGAAUGCCAGGAGGGUGACCGACCAGCUGAUCCGACAAUCAAAGUGCCUCCUGGUGAAUGCGCGGCUCUGUGGCCUCGAACCGAACACGAUAACAAGACUUUGAAGGCUAAAGUCGCAAGUCAACCCGAGAAAACCGCGGCGUUUAUUUAUACCGACAGUCAUACGACUCUGCUGAAAUUGGACAAUAAGUACGGAGGAAUCAAUGUAGAUGUGCAAAUCAACGAGGGCGGCGUUUACAUCUCCAUGUCGGCCUACGUCCCAGGCAAUGCGCCAGCUGUGAUCAUGAAUCAUACACCGCAUACUAUCCAUUUAUGGGAAAAAGGUUCCAUCAACGUCAGGUCCGUGCAGUCGUACAAUAGAAUGUUUUAUACUUGGGAAAAUCCGGCGGGCCCACGAAAACUGGUCUGGGAAGAUAACAACGGCAAGGAAAUCGAGGACAAUCUUCGCAAGGAUAAUCUCGGCACUUUCCAACUGCCGGAAAUAGACGAGAAACUGUUCUACGUUUCGUUCUUAGACGGUACACAGAGAGUGUUGCUGUUUACUACAAAUUUAAAGAUUGCUGAGGAUUGUCAACUGGCCGGUGAUCUGGAAGUAAUCGAUCAGGAAAUCACGUUGAACAUUCACGGCAUUGGAUUUUCUCUCGUGAACAACAUCACCAAGUCCGAGCUGUUAUAUAUGUGCAUCGCCAGCUCAGGGAUCAUAUGGGAGACGCGUAAGUCCAUCGGCGGCCGCUGGCGAGCGUUAAGUGCUAAGGAAGUCAACGCUAUCGAAGAGGGAUAUCAACGAUACAUUAGAGAAUUGCAAAUCGGCAAAAUGGAUGCGGACUACCGGAUAAUGUUGGACCCAAAACUAAUGGUGGAUUAUCUGAAUAUGGAGAUGCUGAGGCCGCAUCGUAGAUACAUGCGACGCACCUUUCAGACUGGACUUUGGCUGCAGUAUCGUACCUCAGCGCAUCAGGUACAGCUGCACGCAAAGAUCAACAAACUUCAGAUUGACAAUCAGUUGUCGGAGUGCGUCUUUCCAGUUAUAUUAGCUCCAGUGCCACCGCCAAAGAGUGUCACGCAGAGUACAGUAAUGAAACCUUUUGCGGAACUAAGUAUGGUCAAACGCCUAUUGGAGCACAGCACUGUGCAACAAUUUCGAUAUUUUAAAGUUCUUAUACAAGAAUUUCAUAUCAAGGUGGAUAUUGUCUUCAUAAACGCCAUAAUGGGCCUAUUCGAGGCGAACGAGGUCAACGAUGCGGAAGAGAGUGCUUUAUUCUGUAAAGAUAUGAAACUAGUCAACAAACCGUUAAUGUAUCACGUCAGUUUGAUCACCACGGCCGAACAGAAGAACUUUUUCGAUCUGUUGCACUUUUCGCCUCUCAAGAUACACAUCAGUUUUUCAAUGACCGGAAGCGGAGGAGGGCCCUCCGCGUUGCCGCAAGUACUGAACGUGCUUUUGCAAGGAAUUGGAGUGACGCUGACAGAUAUUAACGACAUUGUGUUCAAAUUGGCAUACUUUGAGAGAAACUACGUGUUCAUGACGCAUAAGCAGCUCAACUCCGAGGCGAGCACUCAUUACGCGGGCCAAGCAAUUAAGCAAGCCUACGUACUCGUGUUGGGACUCGAUGUGAUCGGUAAUCCAUAUGGACUAGUAGUCGGAACUAUGAAGGGUAUCGAAGAUCUGUUCUACGAACCCUUCCAAGGAGCCAUACAGGGUCCAGGAGAGUUUGCGGAAGGCCUGUUCCUCGGGGUGCGUAGCAUGUUGGGCCAUACCGUCGGCGGAAUGGCGGGCGCUGUAUCGAAGAUUACGGGAGCGAUGGGCAAAGGUAUAGCUGCUCUAACCUUUGACAAGGAUUACCAGCGAAAGAGACAAGAACAGCUCAACAAACAGCCCGCCAACUUACAAGAAGGUCUUGCACGGAGUGGAAAGGGUUUAGUAAUGGGUGUAGUCGAUGGUGUGACUGGUGUGGUAAUGAAACCUUUAUCAGGGGCGAAAGAGGAAGGAGUGGAAGGAUUCUUCAAAGGGUUUGGAAAGGGUGUUGUUGGACUUGUCACUAGGCCUACUGCUGGUGUUAUCGAUUUUGCAAGUGGUUCCUUUGGAGCAGUCAGGCGAGCUACUGAACUAAGUGAGGAAGCAAAGAGAGUACGAUCGCCUAGAUUUUUGCAACCGGACAGUCUCGUUAGGCCGUACAUAAAGGAUGAAGCCGAAGGCAACAAGAUAUUGAUGGAAUUGGAAAAAGGAAAAUAUGCGCAUACGGACGUUUAUGUCUAUCAUGUGUUCAUCAAUAAAGACGUGCUUUUACUCACCGACAAAAGAUUAUCAUAUCUCGAACGUAGUGAUUUAUUCGGUGGCUGGCGGAUUGAUUGGAGUCACACUUGGAACGAAUUUAGCGAAUCGACAAAAGUCGUAGAGAAAGGUGUACAGAUUUUUAUUAAGGAUAUUAGUAAGAAAAAGAAACUCGGCCUAUUCGGCAGUGCAUCUCAAUCAAAAAUACUUUUAAUAACAGAUUUUAAUAUUAAACAGUUAUUGUGCAGUAAAAUACAGGAACAAAUUAAUCAAUCCGGAGUAUAACGCAAUGACGUGCAAAUGUGAGAGAGAAACGCUCGAGCAAUUUCGAGUUGUAUUGUAAAAGAAAACAAGUGAAAGAGAGAAGGGAAAAUCUUUACUUCCGGAACGCUUCGCGAACGAAUUCGCACAAUUUCUAUGCACGUUUUCUACAGGCACUAUUUAUAAGACUGAUACUGCGUGAUCGCAACAAUCAGAUAAAGGGACGUUACUUAUAUAGUGUACGAAGAAACUGAAAGGACGUAAACGUAGACGUAAGAAUAUAAAGGUACCAAGAAACUGAUAGGACGUACGGGAUCUUUUUUAUUUUACUUACCACGCAGUUGUUCAAAACUUUUAUGUUGUCGGUAUUAUUACCGGGCAAACAACGUUGGUACAAAAGAUUCAUCACAAUCUAUCAAAUAAAACUGAAAAC